AGGGUGUCUGUAGAUUGAAACCUCCCCAUGACUGCCUGAUGACCAAGAGAUGUGGUCGUGAUCUCUGUUCCACUGGCAGAGCUUUUCACUAAGCAAGAUGUCAACGACCACAGACAAUGGAGUGGGAGGGUCUCGGAACACGAGCGGAGAGAAAACAUACAAGAAGACCACAUCGUCAGCCCUGAAGGGGGCCAUCCAGUUGGGCAUUGGCUACACAGUGGGCAACCUGACCUCCAAACCUGACAGAGAUGUUCUCAUGCAGGACUUCUACGUGGUGGAGAGCGUCUUCCUGCCAAGCGAGGGGAGCAACCUGACACCAGCUCACCACUACCCAGACUUCCGCUUCAAAACCUAUGCCCCGCUGGCAUUCCGCUACUUCCGGGAGCUCUUCGGGAUCAAACCAGAUGACUACCUGUACUCCAUCUGUAAUGAGCCUCUGAUUGAGCUGUCCAACCCCGGGGCCAGCGGCUCUCUGUUCUACCUGACCAGCGAUGACGAGUUCAUCAUCAAAACCGUCCAGCACAAAGAGGCAGAGUUUCUCCAGAAACUUCUCCCAGGUUACUACAUGAACCUGAACCAGAACCCACGUACCCUGCUGCCUAAGUUCUACGGCCUGUACUGCAUCCAGUCUGGAGGCGUCAACAUCCGGCUGGUGGUGAUGAACAACGUGCUGCCGCGCUCCGUCAAGAUGCACUACAAGUACGACCUGAAGGGCUCCACCUACAAGAGACGUGCCUCCAGGAAGGAGAGGGAGAAGGCCUGUCCCGUUUACAAGGACCUGGACUUCCAGGACAUGCAUGAAGGGCUCUACUUCGACGCUGACACCUACAGUGCCCUGAUGAAGACCCUGCAGAGAGACUGCCGGGUGUUGGAGAGCUUUAAGAUCAUGGACUACAGUCUGCUCCUGGCCGUGCAUGUCCUGGACCAGAGCCCAAAGGAGGGGGGCGAGCUGGGCCAAGCAGGGGGGGACGGCAAGCGGCCCGUGGCCCAGAGGGUCCUCUACUCCACAGCCAUGGAGUCUAUCCAGGGGGACGGCAAGGCUGCCGAGGCCCACACCACAGACGACACGAUGGGUGGAAUUCCUGCCAAAUCACACAAAGAAGAGAAGCUGCUUAUUUUCCUGGGCAUCAUUGACAUCCUGCAGUCCUACAGAUUCAUUAAGAAGUUGGAACACUCGUGGAAAGCCCUGGUCUACGACGGUGACUCUGUAUCAGUGCACAGGCCCGGUUUCUAUGCCAACCGAUUCCUCAAGUUCAUGAGCACUUCGGUGUUCCGGAAGACUCAGACCAUUCGGUUCUCCCCUUCUAAGAGAGCACGUACGUCCAUCCCUGCUCUGAAGUCGUUCUCUCAGGAGAUCCUGUCUUCUCAGAAGGAGGAGAAGGAGGAGGAGAGUCGGGACCGGCUGGGAGGAGCACGCAGUCUGGCCAGUCUUGACGGACAAGUGUUUGGCUCCUACCUGCGUCCGGACCUAGUCCCUGCCACCUCGUCCUUCUACGAGGGCUCCUCCAUGGGAACCAUCUCCUCCUCCUCCAUAUUUGUCAACCUGGAGACCCAGUCUGAAGACAGAGAUCACAUGGCGUCCAGCUCCACAUUCACCCUGGAGGACAGCGCCAUCUGUCUGACGUCAGAGCAGAGCACCAUGGAUGUAGAGGUGGACAUGGACCCGGACGACGGCUCAGUGCUCGACGUCUACUUAUGAAAGGGGAGGCUUACAGACGACCAUUUCCUCCACCAUUUUACUUUUGUCAAUCAUCUGACAAUCGCUACACUCCAUUGGACAGGGCUCCUUUGACUCCGCCCCCAGCGCUGCUAGAUCCACUCUGUCACCUGUUGCCAAAACACAAAGGACUGGGAUGCUCACAUCUGAUAGGCUGAUGGACUAAAACAAGACACCAAUAAAAUCACAGUGAUGGACAUCCAUUGGAAUUACAUGACAUUCCAUACUUAAUGUGAUCAAUUUCAGACCUAACCGCUUCUUAGAGCAUGUCAGAGUAGUCCCACAAAUUCUUUUUGUAGAAGAUUCCUUUUUCCAUGGCAUAUAAAGUAAUAUAUACAUUUAGAAAAAGUAUACAAAUAUACAUUUCAUUGAAUGUUUUAAUUUUCCUACUGACCAGAAGUGACUCUUUAAAGUGAUAGCACUUGCUUUGUAGUAGCUGGUUGGAUGAUGAACGUUUACAGUGACAACAGCAUCUUGGCCAUUGCGGAAGUGUGAUGUUAUCAUGGAAAACACACAAGGCCAAUAUGGAUGAGCCUGGACUCAUAUUACGCUGUAAACCACCAAGCCAAGACCAAACUCUAAAGACUCAUUGGCUGGUAUGUUGAAGGUAGCCAACCAACCAACAUCUUGCUAUUCAUUCCAAUCAGACAGGACUAAAGUAAAGGAGUAGUUUGAAGGCAGCAGGUUAAGGUCUGCUAUACCCUGCUGUUGACCUGAGGAGAGGAGACAGGGUCAGUGUUACUGGAUCUCCAGCUCCAUGGAGGAGGAAGCACAGAGCAGAAGGAUGGUGAGAUACACUCGCUCCUGUCAAAAUGGCACUUUGGAUGUUAGUUUUGAUUACUGUUUGUAAGAACUAUUUUUCUUGAAGGAUGUUGGGUUUAGGUGGGUCACCAAACCUAAACAUAGUUUUGGAUCAGUGGAAUAUGCACAUUUUUACAUUAUGCACACCUAUGUAUGUCAUUGCCAAGUACGUGGGUAGAUGCACAGACAAUGAAGUACUAUGGUAGAUUUGAUGCACAGAGACUAGUUUUAUGGGGAAGGGGUGGCAUGACUGAAGAUUUUCUCAGGAUAUCCUUUGAUACUGAACAAGCGUGUCCUCUUUAUUGCUAAAAGCUAAGCAGCAGUUGGCCUCCAUUUUAGACUGAGAAGCUGAUAUUAUAUAUAUGACACCUCACCAUGAAGACCAUAUCAAACAGUCUCUCUGAAUUCCAUGAUCACACGUGUCGGUUUUGAGACCAUAAUUUAUUACAUGAAUCUCAAAUAUACGGUUUGCUGAAGAUGAAAAUAUUUUAAUCACUGAAUGUAAAGAUUAUGUAUAUAUCAAAGAUACUCCUAUAAAGAAAUAAACUACUGAAAUAAAAAUGCUUGACACUUGUUUCUCACAUUUCCUAUUCAUUGUCAUGUAGAAGACAGAGGGGUGCCUGAAAAAAAAUGAGGGUCCAGUUGUGAUCAAAGAUGAGGGGCACAUUAUCCACACAAAACCCCUGCUCAUUUGCUAGUGUACAGUACAAAUGCAAGUCAGCUCAUUUCUGUAGUGUAACGAUUUUAAUUUACAGAACAUUGUCCAAUUGCAUUAUUUAGUGCAAAUGAUAACACUUCAGAGUAGACUUAUCUUAAAUAUACAAAGCGUGUCCAUUCCUUAAAGAGAACAUUCAAAAGGCUAAAAUGUAUUCUUCAGCUGAUGUUCCUCUCAUUAGAAGUCGCUCCUCUGAUCGUCAUGGCAAUGCGGUUUCCCCAUGGAUUCUCUGACCUACGACCCCUCAGGCUGAGAUGCUGAUUGGAGGAUUCUGACCUCAGCCUUAGACUUUCUGAUUGCAAAAUCACAACUAUAAAAUAAACAAUCAAAAUAAAAAAUUGAGGUAUGAAAUCAUGUGAAAUGCUGACUCCCAGCUCCAGUUUAAUGUCUCAAUCUAAAUGCACAUCUGGUCGUAUGAUACUGUAGUAGCUAGAUGGUUCCUAGGGCUCUGUGGAUUUGUCCUGGUGUCUAAAGCACUAUGUCAAGUUAACAGUCAAAGGGAGGGAGAUGAAAGGUCAGUGUGUUGGGAUGUGAAAUAUCAUGUAGAAAUGGGAUGUGAAAGAAAUAGCCAUCCCAACAACCUCAUCUCCUCUGUCCUAAAAGCCUUUGAAGCC